CUUUGACCGCCUCUAAAGGCAGUGGCCCACUAUGGGGCCUCUUAAAAACUUAUCAGAGGGCUGCAGGAUGAGUAAAAUUGUUUCUCAUCAUCAGUGUAGUUAAUGUCAAUAUUAUUAUUAAUAUAUUACAACAAUUUAAUUCAAAAUGUUUAAGCAUCCCAUUAUAAUUAUUAUUCAUAUUUCUUUUAAAAAAUGGAAAUAUAUAGCUGUCUUUAUAUUUUGCAAGGCGGUGGCUGUGUUUACAGUUUAGUGGAAUUAGAAAUUUGAAAACCACUAGUUUAUAUUAUUAUAAUCACUGUUACUAAAUUGAUACAUUGAUAAUGGAUUAUAAUCAGGACCACGGAUAGUUUCAAAGGUAAUUAAUAUUUGAGUUUAUGUUGUGUUUAAUUUGUUAAAUUUUUUUUUCAAAAUUGUGUAUUUUUUUGCAAAACUCAACUGACAUUAAUAUAUUUUUUCUAUUUUGGGAAUGUCCUAAUAGCCUAUUGGUUUAAGAAACCCCUUUGUCCCACCUCCGAGCUGUGAUUGGUUAACAGAGCUGUCCGUCAUUUGACCUCCCUUUUGCUGUGACGGUGCACGGAGUCCUCGCGCAUCACAUUCAGGCUGUGAGCCUGUGACACCCAGUUAAAACAAGCUGAAUGAUCCCGCUACGGAUGCGCACAAUAUUUUAAAGGUAAAUAGGAAUGCAUUAGUUUAGUCCCUAUGUUUAAAUUGGAGACUUAAGGGAUACUAAAAAGGCAUGGAUUAGGAUCUCUGUACAAGCUAAUCCCAGAAAGAAGACUGUAGAGUGAGUCAGAAGCACCAAAGAAACACACAGAGCUGAACAAAUGAAAGGGAGUGUCUGUUUUUCAUGUGGGACCCCCAUUUCUGAAUGACCAACCAGGCGAAGAUGUUAAAUGAGAGAAAGCACCGUACAUGAAGCCAGGCCCAGCGAGAGCAACGUGGAGCCUUGUUAUAGCAACCAGUCUACAAUCACAGCCUUCAUCGUUCUCAACGCUGAUCCGCAGUCCUUUUUUAUCGCUGAGACAACGCACCAAUUAAAUCAGGCAUAUCUGAUGAGGUUCAGGGAGAUGCAGGACUGAGGGGAAAGAACAGCACUGUCCCCCGGGCCACUUGGGUGAAGCAGACAACCCUAAACAUAUACUCUUUUGUACUUGGAUAUGUGUAAGCUUGAGUUGAGAUGUGGCAAUAAUGAGCUAAUUUGGAAAGCUGACGCAGACGUACAGGACAACAUGUGAAGGUGGUGCCUUAGUUCCAGGUCUCCUGCCAUGAGCUAAGCCCCCCAGUGGCCUGUGGCAGGAUGACUGCUGUCUACCCGGCUGGGGGGGGCUCCGUUGGGGUCUCAGAAGUGGCCACGGGUCCCCAGCGUUAUGCCCGAUGGAGCCGACAAGACAGCUCUGACAUCUGCACGGACGAUGAGGGGACCCAGCCGCGCCGCCUCACCCCACUGGAGAAGCUCAAUCUGGACAUGUGCCAAGAUGAGAAGAUGGUGAAAGAGCUCACCGUGGGCCGCCGCAUCGGCUUCUACAAGAUUCGUGGCGAGAUCGGCUGUGGAAACUUUUCCCAUGUUAAGCUGGGCAUCCAUGCUCUGACAAAAGACAAAGUAGCCAUCAAGAUCUUGGAUAAAACCAAGCUUGAUCAGAAGACCCAAAGGCUGCUGUCCCGGGAGAUAUCAAGCAUGGAAACGCUGCACCAUCCAAAUAUCAUCCGUCUGUAUGAGGUGGUGGAGACGCUGACCCGUCUGCACCUGGUCAUGGAGUACGCAAGCGGAGGAGAGCUCUACACGAAGAUCAGCACAGAGGGGAAGCUCUCCGACAUCGACAGCAAGAUUGUCUUCUCUCAGGUGCUCUCAGCUGUGAAGCAUAUGCAUGACAAUAACAUCGUUCACAGAGACCUGAAAGCAGAAAAUGUUUUUUACACCUGUAGCACCUGUGUUAAAGUCGGAGACUUCGGCUUCAGCACCGUCACCCGCCGCAACGAGACUCUCAACACCUUCUGCGGUUCUCCCCCUUACGCCGCUCCUGAGCUCUUUAGGGAUGAGCACUACAUAGGUGCUUGUGUGGACAUCUGGGCACUGGGGGUCAUGCUCUUCUUCAUGGUGACUGGAACCAUGCCCUUCCGUUCUGAAACGGUGGCCAAGCUAAAGCGCUGCAUCUUGGAUGGGACAUACACAAUGCCUACUUGGGUGCCGGAACCUUGCCAGAAACUGAUCCAGGGCAUCCUGCAACCCCAGCCGUCUGAUCGCUACACCGUAGAGCAGAUGAUGGGUUGUGAGUGGCUGCUGCCGGUGGAGUUUCCAAAAGCCAUGGAGCCCUUCAAACUGGAACCGCUCCAUCUGGCUGAGUCUAAGCCGGGGGAGCUUGAAGAGCAUGAGGUAGAGGUGAGGAACGCCCUGGAGGCUUUUGGCAUCACCGCAGACCACAUUCGUAACAACCAGGGCAAAGACUGCAGGAGCUCCAUCACUGGAGUCUAUCGAAUCCUCUUACACCGCUCACAUAAACGACAAGCGAUGGAGAGCAUGCCAGUUGUUACUCACAUAGUGAAUGGAACUGAUGCUAAAAAGGAGCGUCUGAAGACAUACAAGAGCCUUAGGCAUACAUCUAAACUCUGCAUCAUUCUGUGAUGCUCGGAAAACAUAUACAUAAAUAAUGGUCAGCUCACAGAAGCUAUGGUUCAGGUAGUUAUAUUUGAUAUACCUCUUUUGUUAUCUUUUUUCACUUGAAAAUGAGAUCAGUGCCUCUAAUUAAAGUAGUCCAUGAAUGAAUGGAAAGUAUGAGCAUUUGCAAAUAAGUGAGUGAAAGACUUUGGUCUUAGUGUCAUGGAUGUCAGAUGUCGUAAAUGUAUUUAAUGAAUGUAAUAAAGUGCUUUGGACUGCAUUGUUUCAGACAUUCCCUUUGCAAUAUAAUUCACAAUAAUUUACCACAAAUGUUCUAAAUCUAAAUCAAAUACAUCUCAUAUUCAAAAAGAGACCUGGGGGAAAACGGUGUAAAACAA